AUGCCGCCUCGUGACUUCCGUGGCGCACGCUCCCGUUCCCCUGGUGGCGGCCGUCGCCCCUACCCGCCUCCGGUCGAUGACUACGACCGCCGUGGUCCCCCGCGCGGCUACAGCCCGCGCAGAGACGGUUACCGCGAUGGCUACCGUGAGCGAAGUCCCCGCCGCGAAUACUAUGAUGACCGUGCUCGGUAUCGCUCGCCCCCCCGUCGCCCCAUUGACGAUUACCCCCCUCCACGAGGCCGUUACGACGACCCCUACCGCCGGGAUUACCCCCCGCCGCCUGACCCGUACGUCAAUGGCAGACCGUAUGACCGCCCUCCAAGAGACUUUCCUCCCCGGGAGGCAGGUUACCCGCGUGAUGGGUACCCUCGCGAGUAUGAACGUGGUGGCCGUUACUGGUAA